AUGUCAGAAUCUAAGAAAGUUAAAUAUAUCACUGAAAAAAAUAUUGGUGGUCGUCCAUUAAAACUAAUUUGGAAUUUUUAUGAUAGAGGAGGUAUAUUAGAUAAUUCAGGACAUUAUGAAGCAAUUUGUAAAGUAUGCGAUAAAAAAUUUUCAUCUGGAAAACCAUCACAAAUGAAAAAACAUAUAAUUAGUGAAUGUAAGAAAGUUUUUGAAACAGUAAAAGAAGCAGUUAUAUAUAUUAUUGAAUCUUGUAACAAUUUAUCAAAUAUUUCUGAAACUAAGCAUUCAAAUAAACAAUUACAUUUAGAUGAAUUUUUUGAAUAUACAACUAUUCCAGAUAAACAUAUUGAAUCAAUAAAUAGAGCACUUAUUAAAGCAUUUGUAUGUAGUGGAUUAAAAACUUAUAUUGAUACAAGAUGGAUAACAGUUUAUGAGAAGUUAAAAUCAGUUUAUCAAUUAGAAACUUUUAUAACAAAUGAAUCUGUUAAAACAAUUAUUUGUAGAAAAAGAGGAUUUUUUAAUGAUGUUUAUGAUUUAGCUAAAAUUUUUAAACCAAUUAAGGAUGCUAUUAUUAAAUUAGAAAGUAGAAAUGCAACAUUAGCUGAUUGUUAUUUUUCAUUAAUAAGUUUAGGAAAUGCAAUUCAUAAAAUACCCAAAGAAAUUUAUAAGCAUAUUCAUCAACAUGCUAUUAAAGUAUUUAAUUCAAGAUUUGAAGAAUUUGAAUUUGAUGAAUAUCUUUUAGCAUAUUUUCUUUAUCUGAGCUAUAAGGAAAAUUUAAAUUUAUUAGAAAUAAUUGAUUUGGAAAUGGAAACUUUUAAAGAUACUGAUGAUAAUCAAAUAAUAGAAAAUUCAGAUAAUGAAAAUGAAUUAAAUGAUUUUAUUCAAGAUUUAGAAAGUGAAAAAAAUUAUAAUUCAAUUUUAUUUGUCGUUGGAGUCAUUGCUGAAGCUGUUACUGGAGCCGUCGUUAAAACUGUCGUUGA